AUGUCGGGACAAGUGUGCGUGUUGUUGCUGCUGGUGAUGACCACCGUUGGGAUCUCGCUAGCCAUCCCGAUCCAGAACUCUGGCGCUGGUGCCGGGCUCGAGAAACAACUCCAGCCGACAAGGCUGGAAGCGGUGGACAGCGUGGUGUUGCCAGCUGUGGCCAGUGACGCGGAAGUUGAUCGCAAUAAGCGACAGCUAGGCUUCGGUGGUAUCGGCUUCGGUCUGGAACUGUUCGGUGGUGGCUUCGGCGGGGGUUACGGUGGUGGUUACGGUGGUGGACCCUUCGGAGGAGGUUACGGUGGUGGACCCUAUGGAGGCUUCGGCGGACCCUAUGGAGGCUUCGGAGGACCCUACGGAGGCUUCGGUGGACCAUACGGUGGAUACUCAAACGGCUAUGAAUACGGCUAUGGAUCGGGAUACAGCAACGGGUUCUUCGGUUAA